CACGAGCCCGUCCAGGGGGUCCCGUACAGCAUGGGCAGCAGCAGGUUAGCCGCGGGCAUCCUCCUCAUCCUCAUCAUCACCCUUCAGGUGCCGCCGAGCCUCGGGCAGAGGUCAAGGCCGACAUCCGCAGAAACGAGGAAACGCUUACAUCAAAGGCUGCAGAGGCUGGACGAGCAGUUUAGAAGAUUCCAGGAGAUGACACUCACGCAUCUUAGGAGCAUUGCUGAAAGCUCCAACCUCUCCACCAGUAUUGACACCCGCUUUCACAUGCUGACCCGGCAGUUAGAGAGCAUCUCCCGAGAGCUGAGCUCUUUCCGGACGGAGGCUGAGCGGGAUCUCCAAUCGCUGAAGUCUUGGAGCCACAAGCUGCGGAGGAAGACCAAGCGUCUGGAGCUGAGGCUGACCAGAACCGAGCGGGUGAUGAAGGAAAUCAGUCGUCUGGCUCUGAAUCAGCUCCACAAACAUAAGGCAGCUAUGGUCAACCUGACCCAGGAGCUGGUGACCCACCGGGGCCGAAUUAAUGUUGUGGAGGCCCGGCAGGGUGAGAUUAAAGUCCUUCAGGAGGCCUUUCAGAAACAGAUCAGUAAGCUGGACAGUCAGGUGAGGAGCAUCCAGAGACCUCUGCUUGGUACUUACCUUGUCCGUUCUGAAAAUGCACUGAACAGAACCGUGCAGGGUCCAGCUUUCACAAAAAGAAAGGAGAAGACACGUCUGUCCAAAGAUUCCAAAGACGAAAGGAUGAAAAACAGGGUUCUGCUGAGAGCCACCAGGCAACCAGACCACAUGACAGUGGCAACAUUCAUGCAAACCAAUAUGCCACCCACAUCACAGUCUGUCCAAGAAGAGCAGACCAACACUCUCCUUCAUCUUCCUCAACGACACAAGAUCCCGCAGAACUACACGCCAAAGAAAGCUGCUACAAUCUGCAACGUGAACUCAGUGCUGUUUUUUCCAUCAGCAUCAACUGAAAACUACGUCACAUUCCGCACCCGGUUCCUGACCAGCAUCCACGAGCUGUCUAUCUGCACCUGGCUGAGGGUGGAUGCUGAGUAUAUGGGCACACUUCUGUCUUACGCCACAGAGGCUAACGACAACACACUGGUCCUCUAUGGCCGCAGGUCUAGUUUGCUGGGCAACAUGGACUUUGUGAUUGGAGACCCAGCCUACCGUGAACUGACCACAGACCACAUGCUCGACGGACAGUGGCACCAUAUUUGUGUGGUUUGGUCUUCCAUCGAAGGUCGAUUUUGGCACUACAUGGACCGGCGCCUCAUCUCCACUGGGUCCAGGUUCCAGAAGGGCUAUGAAAUCCCUCCUGGUGGCUCCUUCAUCCUGGGACAGGAGCAGGACACUUUAGGAGGAGGGUUCGACCAGGCCGAGGCGUUUGUGGGCAGACUGGCUGGCUUUGCCUUGUGGACCCGGGCACUAAGCCCUGCUGAAGUAUCUGGGCUAGCCAGUGGAAGAGGCAUGCCUAGAGGAGCAGUGCUGACAUUGGAUGAUGUGAAUGUUCUGCAUGGCUCAGUUAAGCAAGUGAUCUGUGAAUGCCUGGAACAUUGUAUUUAAAGUCAUGAUUUGGUGCAAGAAAUCCUUUUUUUUAAUUUUUUUAAAUCUGCUUCAUCCCAAAUGUAAUCAAUCAAAUCCACCAGUUAGCAUUAAGCAGCAGCAACUUUAUACAGUAUAUAAAAAGCAUACCAAAAAUAAUAAGACAAUUGUCAGUAGACUAAAUGGGCUUCAGGGCCUCAAAAACGCGACCCUAACUGCAACCAUAUAUUUAUUCAGUUAUUCAGCAGCCUUCCCUCCGCUGACCUCGUAUCUUGUUGUCACUAAAAGAAAUAAAAGCAGAUGGUGGUGUAUACUUUUAUAUUUAUAUGUUACAAUUUUUACACAAAUCUGUAAAGAAAUGUGACAUUAAA